AUGACAAUGCUUACACGACUCCCUCUUGAACUUCGCUGCAUGGUUGGCGAGCUGCUCGACGAAAGGACCUUUUAUGCGUUAUGUCUCACCUGUCACGACAUGCAAUCAACAUUUGCCAAGGGACUUCUCAAACAGAAUAUUGCAAUAAACAACAGCUCCGGGCUUCAUUGGGCAGUGCAGCAUGACAGGCAGGAUAUUGCCAAAACUUUCUUAUCCUACGGUGCCAAUGUCAAUUCCAUUGAAAAUGGGAAGUCGCUCCUCUGGUGCGCUGUGCGGUGCCAAUCCAUGGACACAAUUGAGCUACUGCUGAACAACCACGGUAUUGACAUCAACGGGUGCGACGAUCAAGGCCGGAGUAUCCUAUGGUAUGCGUUGUCCAUCAACAGUGAUGAAGUAUUCAUCAGGUAUAUGUUGGACAAGAUUGGAUAUGUCCAUUGCUGUCGGCCUACGGCAGCUUUCCGGUUUCUCGGUCUCUCCUUACUCAGGCUUGCCAUUACCAGAGGUGCCGAAUGUGUGGUCAAAAGACUGUUGCAACAGGAGGUGGAGCCAGAUGAGAGACACUUCUUCCUUGCCGUCACCAACGACAGAACAAGCAUUGCACAGAUGUUCCUAAGGCGGGGCGUUGAUAUUAAUGCCGUGGAUGUGGAUGAAAAUCAAUCAACCGCCCUUCAUCACGCUGCUCGCUUAGGCAAUACCGUGAUGAUGGGCUUCUUGCUUCAGCAGCGCGGAGUUUGUGUGAACUCCCGGGACGGCCAGCAAAAAACCCCGCUGCAUGUAGCAAUCCAAUACGGCAAGCACGCGUGCAUUGAUAUCUUGCUGUGCGUCCCAGAAAUCGAUAUUGAUGCCCAGGACUCUCACGGUCGCACUCCGUUUUGGUGGGUGACAUUUGUUGGAUCCAAUAGAUGGUUAGGCCGACUACUUGAUCGAAAUGCGAACUACAACAUGCCAGACCACAGGGGCAGCGCACCUCUCCAUAACCUUGCUGAUUUUGGUGAAACUAGCCUAAUCCGGUUGCUUCUAAAUCAAGUCGACGUCGAGUUGAAUGCCGUCGAUCUAGAUGGCUAUACGCCUCUAGCACGCGCCGUGCAACAUGCACGCAUGCCUGUGGCACAGCUUCUUCUUGAGCAGCCAGGAAUUAGAGUGAAUGCCGAAUCUGAACACGAGGCCACGCCACUGUGGGUUGCAUGUCGUUCGGGUAGAAAGAAUAUGGUGCAGGUAUUGCUUGGGCACGAGCACAUUGAUGUCAAUCAAAUAAACGUCUCCGGGACAUCGCCAUUGCACGUAUCGGUCAUCUUUGGCCAUUUGGAUGUGCUUAACCUUCUGCUGAUGCAAAGUGAGAAACUUCAUCUCGGUGUCCGAGAUAAGUGGGGCUGGACGCCCCUCAUGCACGCUUCUUCUGGAAACCAUCCUCAGAUGGUAAACAUGCUGCUGGAUAUCCAGGGUACCGAUGUCAACGCGGUCGACGGUGACGGGCGGACGGCGUACUGGUGGGCUGCUGCGGGAGGGCAUCACGAAAUCGUCCAGGCUUUGCGCCCUGUUACCAACACGCGGCUCAAAGAUAAGUUUGGGAAAACCGCAUAUGCUGCUGCUCGGGAGAGAGGAAAUGGAUCUGUGCUGUGUUUCCUGAGACCUUCAUAG